CCCCCCUUUUGAACGAUAAUCUUCUCGAGACCCUCCAUGUACGCUCGAAAUUAGGCCUCUCCAACUCAGAGCGGGUGAAAAUAUGUCCCACAACGGGGAAUCGUCUGCAUCAAAGAUCUCGAACGGAGCAUUGUAUACCCCGGUCUCUCCCACAAUCUCUCCAGCUUCUGGACCCGUACCUCGAGAUCCGAUUUUGUAUCCAAUUUCGAAUCCGCGUUCUUCCUCAGAAGAGCCUCUAAUUAGAGAUGGCGAUACUCACCGAGUCGUUGAUGACCAUAUAGCAGCUCGGGGAUCUAGAGGGCUUGGGAGGAUCUCCCCACCGCGACAGAGUCAAUGUGAGCUUGCACUUGAGUUCAAGUCGCAGUUUGGAAAUCAAAGCGGUACAAAACGAAGAUUAUCAGAGAGCGAUAAUCACCAAGCCGAAAGUGCAUCGAAUACUUCUUUCGUCAUCGAGCCUCCUCAGGCCAGCGCCCGUCGUCACAUAUCGAAGCCCGAAUUAGUCCCGAAACCUCUUCUCAAAGAUUCGCUGGCGCGCAGCCAAAGACACGUUCACUACGAUAUGCAGAUCACUCUCCAGUCAAGAGAAUGAAAGAAGAUCCAGUGGAUGAGGAAGAUGAUGAGGUGGAUGAUCAAGGGGAUAUGACCAUAGCUGACGAAGAGCCGAUCGUGCCCAACUAUGAGGGAUUCAAAGCUCACAUCCGGCGACUCAAUCCAGGCAUGGAUUCUCAGUACAAUUGGUUAGUCUCCAGGAUCGCUCACCAACAGGAAAUAAGAU